CUGGUCGCUUCAUUCAUUUUUAUUGACGCCUAUUUAGUUGUCUAUCGAUAUUUUUGACGCGAUCAAGACCUCUGGCGCAAAAGGAAGACUAGAAUUUUGCAUGAUGGCUCCAUCCAAAGCCACCCAGGCUCCCUUUGUCAAGGAUGAGCGGGUCCUCUGCUUCCACAUGGAGAUGCUGUACGAGGCCAAAAUCCUCGACGUUCAGGCCGCCGACAAUAGUGACGGCUGGCAGUACAAAAUUCACUACAAGGGCUGGAAGUCCAGCUGGGAUGACUGGGUCCCGCAGGACCGCGUUCGCAAAUUCACAGACGAGAACAAGGAGCUGGCUUCGCAACUCAUGGCCCAGUACAAGAACCUCCAGUCCGGCAAAUCGAAGGGACCUAAGAAGGGAACGACUGCUGCUCGCACCGGUGGUUCCGACAUGAGUUCUGCUCGUGGCAGUGAGGAGCGUACCCAGCAGGGGGCGACGACGGCCAGCGGGCGAGGCAAUCAGAGACGUGCUCGUGAUUAUGAUCUUGAACAGAGCUUUCAUGGGUGGUCGACUGCCCAGGACAUCACUUUUGAAGCAUAA